GAUGAAAUAAGCAAAAGCAAACUUAAGAAUAAAAAGCUAAAAUCACUUUCUAGGGAGCUAGAAAACUGUUAUAAGACAUUAUCUCACCAGGAUUCAACAAUAUUAGCUCACAAAGAUGAGAUAACAUCUCUUAAGUCUGAGAUAAAAUCUCUUAAACAGUAUCUUCAUAAAGCAUUACAGGAUUUAAGGCAUAAAGGUAAUGCAAAUACUGCUCAAAAUAUCCAUAUUUUAAGGCUAGAAGACAUGGUUGAACAGCUUAAAAAGUGA